AUGGCCACCGCCGUGGAUCAAAAGCUGCUUCGGCAGACAAAGUUUCCACCCGAGUUCAAUCAGAAGGUCGACAUGAAGAAGGUCAACAUCGAAGUCAUGAAAAGGUGGAUUGCAGGCAAGAUCUCCGAAAUACUUGGUUCUGAGGAUGAUGUGGUGAUCGAGCUAUGUUUCAACCUGCUCGAGGGUUCGCGCUUCCCCGACAUCAAAGCACUUCAAAUCUCGCUCACCGGGUUUCUUGACAGGGACACCCCUAAAUUUUGCAAAGAGCUCUGGAAUCUGUGUUUGAGCGCUCAAUCAAACCCGCAGGGUGUCCCGAAAGAACUUCUGGAGGCUAAAAAGCUGGAACUCAUGCAAGAGAAGAUUGACGCUGAAAAGGCCGCUUCCGAGGCGAAAAAUCGGAAAGACCAGGAACAAGCACGCGAGGUGGAUCUUGACGCCAUUCGACAGCGUGAAAGAGCCGAGCGUGGUACUCGAGAUCUCCGCCUCGCAGACGAUCUCCCUUCCGAGGUCCUCCCCCGCGUCGGGACGUCGAUACCUACGUUCCUGGUGGUCGCGGCAGAGGAGGGCGAGACGCUGGCCGAGGCCGAAAUCGUUCUGCCACUAGGUCAUCAUCUCGUUCCUUAUCUAGGUCGCCGUCCCUACCACGAACGCGUCGUGCUCCCCGAUCUGUCUCGCGGUCCAGAUCUCGGUCCAAGACGCCAGCUUCCCUACGAAGCCCUUCGCCAGUCUCGAGGAGACGGCAGGGCACAAGAAGUCGGAGCCGGACCCAGUCUCCUCCACCAAAGGAGUCAAGGAGGUCAAGGAGGACUUCUAAAUCACCGGGUGAUAGACGCACAAGAUCUCCAGCGAGUUCUGAUGUAUCACGCUCACGCUCACCUAGAAGACGACGAAAUAGAAGCCGUUCCGAGUCUAGCCAUAGUCGAAGCCCGAGCCCCAAGCGACGCCGCUAUCGGCGAAGUCAUUCACAUUCACCGUCACGGUCAAGGUCAAGAUCGCAAGACACACGAAGAGACUACAGAAGGGGUGACAGACGUCGCCACAGAUCUUCCUCAUAUCACUCUGCCGAUGGCAACCGCAGCAACAAGCGCGCUGAUAUUCUCAGGGGUCGCAAUGCACACGACGACCGCCGUCUAA